UGGAUGUGUGAUGGGUUUUCCUCUUUCUACACCAACUGAAGUCCAACCCAUCAACAAAGAGACUCUUUUUCAUCAAGUCACAAUUGCGAACCACCCUUUACCAUCUCGAGAGGAUUCGGAGACCACAACGAACCCAUCCCGCUUCUCCUACCCUGCCACCUGGGACUGAGGUUGCGCGAGCAUGGCGCCUUCACGAUCCGGUCGCCUCAGCGGAGCGGAUACAGAUAGCUCAAUGGCUGAUGCAUCCGAUCUGAACAUCAAAUUGCGUGUGGACGCAAUGGAUAUCGACGAGACACCAGAUUACACGGAAGACUCCGAUACCAACCCAAAUACGACUGCGAGCAGCGUGGCCGGUGAACCGGUUGAUGGGAGGAGGAGACGUUCCGAGGCGACACAGUUGCGACGGAGCGUGUUCGGAAAGAAACACGAUCGUUUAGGUCAAUCCCAGGAAGAUGAUUCGAUUAGACGAUUCCGCUACUUAUUGGGCUUGACGGACCUCUUUCGGCAUUUCAUUGAGACAAACCCAAACCCGCAUAUUAAACAGAUUAUGGUGGAGAUUGAUCGUCAAAAUGAGGAGGCUGCAGAAGCAAAGGCAAAGAAGGCUAGCCGUGCUGGAGGAGCUGCCAACGAAAGGCGUCGGAGAACAGAAGCCGAGGAGGACGCAGAACUGCUCAAGGAUGAAAAGCAGGGAGGAUCGGCAGAUACCGUGUUCAGAGAAUCACCCGGCUUUGUUAAGGGUGGCACUAUGAGGGACUAUCAGGUUGCUGGCCUGAACUGGCUCAUCUCACUUCACGAGAAUGGUAUAUCGGGCAUCCUAGCUGAUGAGAUGGGACUUGGCAAGACACUUCAGACAAUAGCAUUCCUAGGAUACUUACGACACAUUAUGGAUAUUACCGGGCCGCAUCUGGUCAUCGUGCCGAAAUCAACACUCGACAACUGGAAGAGAGAGUUUGCGAAGUGGACCCCCGAAGUCAAUGUGCUAGUCCUGCAGGGAGCUAAAGAUGAGCGAAAUCUCCUCAUCAACGAGAGGCUUGUGGAUGAGAAGUUCGACGUCUGCAUUACCAGCUAUGAAAUGAUAUUGAGAGAAAAGUCACACUUGAAGAAAUUUGCCUGGGAAUAUAUCAUUAUCGAUGAGGCUCACCGUAUCAAGAACGAGGAGUCAUCUUUAGCACAAGUCAUUCGACUUUUCAACUCGAGGAACCGCCUGCUCAUCACGGGCACACCUCUCCAGAACAACCUCCACGAGCUUUGGGCUCUCCUGAACUUCCUGCUCCCCGACGUCUUUGGCGAUUCUGAGGCUUUCGACCAAUGGUUUUCUGGCCAGGGGGCCGACCAAGAUACUGUUGUCCAGCAACUCCAUCGUGUUCUUCGUCCGUUCUUAUUGAGACGUGUGAAGAGCGAUGUGGAGAAGAGCCUGUUGCCAAAGAAGGAGGUUAAUUUGUAUAUUGGAAUGUCUGAUAUGCAGGUUAAGUGGUACAAGAAGAUCCUGGAAAAGGACAUCGAUGCUGUCAACGGUGCCGGGGGAAAGCGCGAAUCAAAGACACGACUGUUGAAUAUUGUGAUGCAGUUGCGAAAGUGCUGUAACCACCCAUAUCUAUUUGAGGGUGCUGAGCCAGGGCCUCCAUACACAACCGACGAGCAUCUCGUUGUAAAUGCUGGAAAGAUGGUCAUGUUGGACAGGCUCCUAGGGCGGCUACAGAAGCAAGGCAGCAGAGUCCUCAUCUUUUCCCAGAUGAGUCGACUUCUCGAUAUCUUGGAGGAUUAUUGCGUCUUCAGAGAGUUCAAAUACUGCCGUAUCGAUGGAUCAACUGCCCACGAGGAUCGUAUCGCCGCCAUUGACGACUACAACAAGCCUGGCUCUAAGAAGUUUGUCUUCCUUCUGACAACCAGAGCUGGUGGUCUUGGAAUCAACCUUACCAGCGCUGAUAUUGUUGUGCUUUACGACAGCGAUUGGAACCCUCAAGCAGAUUUACAAGCCAUGGACAGAGCACAUCGUAUUGGCCAAACCAAACAAGUCGUCGUUUACCGUUUCGUCACUGAGAACGCUAUCGAAGAGAAGGUCCUUGAGCGAGCAGCACAGAAGCUUCGUCUUGAUCAACUUGUCAUCCAACAGGGCCGCGCGCAAAUUGCCGCGAAGGCCGCCGCUAAUAAGGACGAACUGCUCAAUAUGAUCCAACACGGUGCCGAGAAGGUCUUCAAUACCAAGGGUGCAACCGGAAUUCUGGCGCAAAAAGGUGCAGAGAUCGGCGAUGAUGAUAUUGAUGAGAUUCUCAAGCACGGCGAGAAGCGAACGGCCGAGUUAAAUGCUCGGUAUGAGAAAUUGGGUAUUGAUGAUCUCCAGAAGUUCACAUCGGAGUCUGCUUAUGAGUGGAACGGCCAGGACUUCACAAACAAGAAGAAGGAGAUUGGUAUUUCCUGGAUCAAUCCCGCCAAGCGUGAGCGUAAGGAGCAGUCUUACUCCAUGGACCAGUACUACAAACAGGCCCUUUCUACUGGCGGGCGAACCGCAGAUGCAAAGCCUAAAGCCCCACGAGCACCUAAGCAAAUUGUCAUUCACGACUACCAAUUCUUCCCCCCCAUGCUUCAAGACUUGCAGGAUCGCGAGACUGCGUAUUUCCGGAAGGAAAUUGGAUACAAGGUGCCACUGCCUGAUGGAUCAGAGGAAGAUUUGUCGGAUAGAGAAGGCGAGCGAGCUUUGGAUCAGCAAGAAAUAGACAACGCUACGCCUUUGACGGAAGAAGAGCAGGCCGAGAAGCUGCGCUUGUCAGAGCAAGGCUUCGGUGAUUGGAACAAGCGAGACUUCCAGCAGUUCAUUAACGGCUCGGCAAAGUAUGGCCGCAAGAACUACGAUGCUAUUGCCGAAGAGGUCGACAACAAGACUACUGCAGAAGUUAAGACAUACGCCCAGAUCUUCUGGAAGCGCUACACUGACCUCAAUGACUACUCGAAAUACAUCAACCUCGUUGAAGCUGGUGAAGAGAAGACAAAGAAGAUCGAACAUCAACGCCAGAUGCUGAAGAGGAAGAUGUCUCAAUACAGAGUUCCCCUGCAACAGCUGAAGGUGAACUACUCAGUGUCGACAACAAACAAAAAGGUGUACACAGAAGAAGAAGACAGAUUCCUUCUCGUCCUCUUGGAUCGAUUCGGGAUCGAUAGUGAGAACAUUCACGAGCGUAUCCGCGAUGAGAUCCGCGAGAGUCCCCUCUUCCGCUUUGACUGGUUUUUCCUAAGCCGAACACCGCUCGAAAUUAGCAGGAGGUGCACCACUCUGCUCACUACUGUGGCUCGCGAGUACGAGGAGACGCAGCCAAAAGCGAACGGUGCCAAUGGCAAGACCAAGCGUGAGCCAGAGGAGGAAGAUAACGAUGAAGAGAGCGUUCAUGAUACCGCACCCGCGAAAAAGAAGUCCAAGAAUGUCAAGAAUAAGGCAAUCGAUAGCUUAAAGCCUGGGAGUAAGGCUACGUCGGCUGCGCCAUCGUCCCGAGCCUCGAGUGUAGGAUCUCCCGCUCCAGCACCAUCAAAGAGCAAGGCGAAGGGAAAGAAGAAAUAGGCUUCAGUUGGAUAGGAGUGAUUUGAGUCUCUUUGAACCCCAGCAUUGGGCUGGGAUGGGUUUACACAAGACUACAAGGGGCAAGGCGUAAAGGCGGGGACUUUGUACAGCGUAUUAGACAUGAGGGAUUGUGGAAUGGGGGAUGAUCUUCACAGUUAGCUGUACUCUACUAUCCAGAAGUAAUCCAAUGA